UUGGUGUGGAGGAACGAUUACUAAAAAAAGCUUGUCUUGUCUGCUGCUGGCUCAUGGUGCGGGGCCCUAUUGGGAGCAAUCGGCCUAAGGCCGUCACUGAGGGCUCAUACGCGGCACUAUACAGUCAUAUAGGGGGUAACACACUUCCCAUACUGCACCGCGCCGCCCCGGUAGAAGCACUGGGAGACGGAAGAGAAAACACAUCACUUGGCGCCUACAGAUCGGAGCACCAUGUCACAGCAGAGGAGGAGAGGUCGGCCCAGUUUGCUGCGGGACGUGUCCCACCUGCAGGGAGAAGACGUGGAUAUGGAGGAAGAUUCUAUAAUGCCGACUCAGUCCUUAUCACAGGUUCAAAGAAACCUUCAGAAUCAUUCAAAGGAACAAGUGGACCUGAAGGUAUUUGUGGACGGGUGGGUGAAGUGGUACAGUACCUGUUGAUAAAAGAUCAGAAAAAGCUCCCUAUAAAGCGGGCAGAUAUUGUGAGAAACGUUGUGAAGGAAUACAAGGACGUUUACCCCGAAAUCAUUCACCGUGCGCAAAUCGCUCUGCAACAGGUGUUUGGAUUUCAACUGGAGGAAAUUGACACAAAGAACCAUAUAUACAUUCUUACCAACAAGCUGCAGCGGGUACAAGGAGAUGGCAUGAGCGUGGAUGAGAACACAUCCAAGCUGGGUCUGCUUAUGGUUAUUCUGAGCCUCAUCUUUAUGAAGGGCAAUACGGCUAAAGAGUCCGCUAUUUGGGAAACACUAAGACGCCUGCGUAUUGAACCAGGAGAGAAGCACUCUGAGUUUGGGGAUGUGAAGAAGCUUUUAACAGACGAGUUUGUUAAACAGAAAUAUUUAGAACACCACAAAGUCCCACACACAGAUCCUGUAGAGUAUGAAUUCCGAUGGGGCCAGAGAGCUUUUAAAGAAACAUCCAAAAUGAAAGUGCUGGAAUUUGUCUCCAAGAUUCAGCAAAAAGACCCCAAAUCAUGGACAACACAGUACAAAGAUGCUCAGGAACAGACACCGGCAGCAACACAGGUUGCUGGACACUGAAGGAACAAGAGUCUGUUCUGUUACAGGAACAAAGAACAUCAAGAAGCAGCGUCAAUGACCAUCUUUUCAUGGGAUGUUUAUUUAAAGUGGCAAUACAUCUCCAGGAUGUUUGGACUAUGUUCUGCAUUUUGGUACUAGCGGUCCUCCUCAGUCAUAACUCACAUGAAAUUGAACAUCUCAAAAAGCCGUCAAACCCAUCCAUACUUAUCUGUUGCUAUAGACCAGACAGGCAAUGAGCAGCUGUUUCUUCACUACUGUUCACCUACCAGAGCUCGGCUAUGGCCGUCGAACAAAUGAGUAGUGUAACUCAGCUUAAAUGGUUGCUAUUGCUUUCUUAAGCACAGACUUAUCACAGCUUGCUCAGACUAUGGUCUUGUAGGAAAGUUUUUGUUUUAUGUUUUAAUAAAAUACUAUUUCUUUGCAA